GAUUCUUGAGGUGUGGAGCAUGCAAAAGCCCUUACUGUAGUCCUGCCUGCCAGAGGGAAGACUUCUCUGAGCACAAGGUUCAGUGUAAGACAAUCAGGGAAACUGCAGAAUUAGCGGCACGGUUUGAAGUUAGCGUUGAUGAUGAAAUGCAGUAUUUAGUGGGAGAAUUACCACAGGUUUCUCUUGGUGAUCCUACUGCCAGGGUCAAGUCACCUCUCAAGAGUAUGACUGAGAGUUCUGACACCCUUCCACAGAGAGCUGAGAGAUCUGACCCCCUUCCACAGAGAGCUGAGAGGUCUGACACCCUUUCACAGAGAGCUGAGAGAUCUGACCCCCCUCCAAGCACCAGGGGUGGGCCAGAGAAAUACAUGAGUGCCAAAAUGACCAGAGUGAGCCUCCCACUCCAGAAGAAAUGCCAAGUGAAAAUCAUAGAUCUCAGCAGUCCCUCUGACCUGUGUGUGAUAUUCCCAGACAGUGUUCCCCAACUUGUCAAACUAAUACAGGACAUGAAGGAGUAUUACAGUGGUACCACUAACAUUGGUCCGGGUGCCUAUGUACCAUCAGUGGGUGAGGUAUGUGCUGUCCAGUAUGCAGUGGACAGUGGUUGGUACCGGGCAAUGGUGGAGGAGAUCACACUAAAUGGCCAGGUGAGGGUGAGAUAUCAAGACUAUGGCAAUGUGGAGGAGAGACCAGUGAUGUAUACCAGGAAACUGCUGCCAGAGUUCACACAGCUGCCACUACAGGGUAUGCGUUGCUGUAUAGCUAAUGUAGCGCCAGUCCAAGGAAGUGACUGGAGUGACCAUGUGACCAGUGAGCUGAAAACAGUUGUAGACAGUCUGGGAGGGAAGUUUGACGUCGUUUGUGAACAAGUUGUUAAUGGAAUAAGUCACAUACAGCUGCUGACAGAGGAAGGAGGAAAUGUUGGAGAGGCCUUGAUCUACCAGAAUAUGGCAAGACAGUCUUCAGAGGAAGUGUUGUAUGAUGCUGCCCUGGCAACUUCCUCAGCAGAGACUGAACAGAAUAUGGCAAGGCAGUCUUCAGAGGAAGUGUAUGCUGCUGCCAUGGCAACUUCCUCAGUAGAGACUGAACAAAAUAUGGCAAGGCAGUCUCCAGAAGUGCCGUAUGCUGCCCAGAAGACAACCCUCUCUGUGGAAUCUGAACAGUGGGGACAGUCACCAAACAG